AACAGCCGCCUCUUACAGCCCGAGGAAAAGCGACUCCCAGAACAAACAUGGCGGCGUCGUUGAUGCGGUUUGUCCGCGGAGGACUCGGAAGGAGCUAUAACAUUGCAAGAAGUUCGUGUCUCCUCCAGCAGCAGACCCGGCUUCAGAGCUCCACCACCGAGUCCAGCCCCACUGUCAGGCCCAAAGAUUCUGUCACUCACAACCAGCUGGCAGCGUUUGGAGAAUAUGUGGCUGAGAUGAUGCCUAAAUACGUCCAGCAGGUCCAGGUGACUUGUUACAACGAGCUGGAGGUGAUGAUCCAUCCUGACGGAGUGAUCCCGGUCCUGACCUUCCUGAGGGACCACACCAACGCCCAGUUCAGGAACAUGAUCGACCUGACGGCUGUCGACAUCCCGACACGGCAGAACCGCUUCGAGAUCGUCUACAACCUGCUGUCGCUGCGCUACAACUCUCGUCUGCGCGUCAAGACGUACACAGACGAGUUAACACCGGUGGACUCGGCCGUCCCCGUCCACAUGGCUGCCAACUGGUACGAGAGGGAGGUGUGGGACAUGUUUGGCGUUUUCUUCGCCAACCACCCGGACCUGAGGCGCAUUCUGACAGACUACGGCUUCGAGGGUCACCCCUUCAGGAAGGACUUCCCUCUGUCAGGAUACGUGGAGGUGCGUUACGACGACGAGUUGAAGCGCGUGGUGGCCGAGCCCGUGGAGCUGUCGCAGGAGUUCAGGAAGUUUGACCUGAACACGCCCUGGGAGGUUUUCCCCGCCUACCGAGAGCCCAAAGAGGCCGCACCCAAACUGGAGGCCGGCGACAAGGCCCCCGAGAAGAAGUGAUGUCCCCUCGGUUCCACCUGUCUGUGUCGUUCUGGGACGCCCCGAUAUUUAUGUAAAUAAAACUACUAAUAAAAGAAGUCUGUAAAUUA